GUGCAGUGGACAAUGUCAGGCAGAGGUGCAGGGCUUAAAAAGGAUAGACACACGGUUUAAGCCAGUCACCCUGGAUAGAGAGCAGCCAAACAAGAGCAAGCAGGAAUACUGCAUUUACUGGAAGACGCAACUUUCUUUAAGGUCAGGAGAACUGUGCUUUCCUGGGUUUCUCCGCCAUGCUGUACACUUUAGCAGGAGGAGGCACCCUGUGUGGCGUAGCUGCCCUGGUCCUCCUCAUUGUUUCGACAGCAACAGACUUCUGGAUGCAGUAUCGAUACUCUGGCAGCUCAGCCAACCAGGGGCUAUGGAGGUUCUGCAUCAACAACAAAUGCCACGCACACACCAUCACCGUGGCCUUCUGGGAUGCCACACGGGCCUUCAUGCUCCUGGCAGUGCUGUGCUGUUUUGCUGGUGUGGUCCUGGGCCUCAGCGCCUUCACCAACGGGACAAAAAACAGGAGAGUGCGCACAGGCGGCAUCGCUCUGGUCCUGUCAGCCUUUCUUGCUCUUCUGGCUUUGGCAAUUUACACCGGAGUGACUGUCACGUUCUUUGGAAAGCGCUUCUUGGAUUGGCGCUUUUCCUGGUCCUUCAUCAUCGGCUGGGUUGCCAUCAUCUUGGCUUUUGCUGCAGGUGUGUUCCAGCUCUGUGCCUACCGGCAGAAUACUGCAGAACCAGCUCCUUCAAAUGUUCCUGAGAGCUGAACAGGAUUAACUAUCAGAGCAGCUUGUGUACUUUUGCAGCAGGUAACAUAGAUUUUGACCACCUGGUGUGAAAUAAAUAGAGAUCACUGCAA